UUCUCUUCUUCUUCUUCAACGAUCUUCAAUCUACUCUUCUAUUAAACUCUUUCUAUUUCCCUUUGCGGCUCUUUCAUUUGUCUGAAUAAUCUCAACUUGAUUCUACCUCAACUAUUUGUUCAAGAAAAUAACAAAAAUGAGGCUCUUGUCUAGGAAAGCCACGUGCAAUACUCAUGGCCAAGAUUCUUCUUACUUCCUAGGAUGGCAGGAAUACGAGAAGAACCCAUACGAUGAAAUCAAGAAUCCAACAGGGAUUAUUCAGAUGGGUCUUGCAGAGAAUCAGCUCUCCUUUGAUCUUCUUGAGUCAUGGCUGGCCAAUAAUCCUGACGCUGCUGGGUUCAAGAAAGAUGGGCAAUCCAUAUUCAGAGAGCUUGCACUCUUUCAAGAUUAUCAUGGUCUCCCUGAUUUCAAGAAAGCAUUGGUGGAUUUUAUGGCAGAAAUAAGAGGAAACAGAGUAACUUUCGAUCAAAACAAGAUAGUUCUUACUGCUGGUGCAACUUCUGCAAAUGAGACCCUCAUGUUUUGUCUCGCUGAACCCGGCGAAGCCUUUCUUCUUCCUACUCCAUACUACCCUGGAUUUGAUAGAGAUCUCAAAUGGAGAACUGGGGUUGAGAUUGUACCAAUUCAGUGUACAAGCUCAAAUGGGUUCCAAAUCACUGCACCGGCUCUUGAAGAAGCUUAUCUAGAAGCUCAAAAACGCAACCUAAGAGUUAAGGGUGUGUUGGUCACAAACCCAUCAAAUCCACUGGGGACAACAAUGAGCCGAAGUGAAUUGAACCUUCUUGUAAACUUUAUUACUGCCAAAGGGAUUCAUCUUAUUAGCGACGAAAUUUACUCUGGCACUGUGUUUAGUUCACCAGGCUUUGUAAGUAUCAUGGAGGUUUUGAAAGAUAAGAAAUGCGAGAACACUGAUGUUUGGAGAAGAGUUCACAUUGUGUACAGCCUUUCAAAGGAUCUUGGCCUCCCUGGCUUUCGAGUUGGUGCAAUUUACUCCAACGAUGAUUUGGUUGUUUCUGCAGCAACUAAAAUGUCUAGCUUCGGUUUAAUUUCUUCUCAAACACAGUAUCUUCUCUCUGCUCUUCUCUCCGACAAGAAGUUCACCAAGCACUAUAUUUCAGAGAAUCAGAGAAGGCUCAAACAGCGACAAAAUUUGCUGGUCAAGGGCCUUGAAAAAGCCGGUAUCAGCUGCCUUAAGAGCAAUGCCGGCUUGUUUUGCUGGGUUAACAUGAAGCAUCUGUUGAGCUCCAACACAUUUGAAGCAGAAAUGGAGCUCUGGAAAAAGAUUGUUUAUGACGUUAAUCUAAAUAUCUCUCCUGGUUCUUCUUGCCAUUGCACUGAACCAGGGUGGUUCCGUGUCUGCUUCGCAAACAUGUCAGAAGAAACACUAAAACUGGCUAUGGAGCGAUUGAAGUCAUUUGUGGACUCCAUAAACAUGAGCAGCCAUCAGAGGUUGAAAAAUUCAAGAAAGAAGUCUCUCACCAAGUGGGUUUUCCGGCUAUCGUUUCACGACCGUGAGCCAGAAGAACGAUAGUCUGGUGUGUUCAUAUACACAAGCGUCCAAUUUUUUUUUUCCGCCGGAAAAUAUUUUUGGUGGAUAAUUUUCUUUUCCAUUUUGUAAUUUUAGAAAAAGGUGCGCUCAGAUCCAUAUAUGGAUAUGGAUCUUGAAGUGGGUCUAUGCCUUUUUAAUCCUUGUAAAACUCUGAGUCAAUCCAAUCCCAUCUAUAGCAUGAAAUUAAAAUUUCCCAAAAAAUUCUUUAAUCCAUAUAUGAUAAUGUGAUUAUGAUCGAAUUGACAUGUAUUUAUAAAAACUUUUUUCCUAUCUUCUUUU